AUGCAGCAAAUUUGUCAGAAUUUCGGCGCGGUUGAAGGAUGUGGCCAAAUAACGUGUGACAUGUGCAAUCAUUAUCCAAAAAUCGAUUGCAAUGAGCUGAUCAUGUGGGCGACAAGGAACUCAAAAAAGUUUGACUGUUUCUGCGUCUUCACUGCGUCUUCACGUCUUGACUUCGACCGUGGUGCAGCUGCGUUGAAUGAAUAUCGAAAGAACUAUGUCCCCGAGGCAAGGCUAAUGGUUGUUGCGAUGGCACCGCAUGGAGAUGAUCUCCGGGUGGAGGAUCCGAACGAUGUGGGAGUGCUGCAUGUGAAUGGCUUCAAUUCGGACCUCCCCGAGAUCAUGACGUCGUUCAUUAAAGGAUAUAUU